AGGUGAGCGCGAAACAAAAGCAAGACAGAGAAAAGUACUUGUUGUAAUAAUAAGCAAGAGAAAGAUAGAUAAUAAAUUAAUAAAAAAUAAAAAAAAAAAGAGUAGUAGGGGGAGAGUAAAAGAGAGAAAAACAAGUUGCAACCUUUGCAAGUGUGUUAGCCAAAAGCGUAAUAAUAAUAACAACACACACUAUGCCUCCGCCAACGCUUUGGCCGAAUGAAUGACAAGACGCCUUGUAGUUUUUUUUUUUUUGUUGCUUUAUUUUUAUAUAUAUUUAUAAUAUUAUUUAUAUCAAAUUUUCAACGUUAAAUUAAAAAUAAUUAUUAAUAAAAAAAUUGUGAAUAUACUGUGAGUGAAUAUUAUUGUGUAUUAAUUAAUACUAUUCAAUAAUCGACAAUUAUUAUAAAAAAAUAUAUAUGAUUAUUUUUUUUGUGUUUUGUUCAGUGCGUGGCAGUGUGUUUUGUUAGUUGAUGGAUUAUGAAGGGGAAUCCGGUGAAUAAAUAAGAGUCUUUUGUUUUUUCAACUACAAACUACUAACAGUGGCGGUGUAGUGUUGGUGUUGUUGUUGGUGUGUAUUUGACAAGGCCACAACAGGCCAGGGGUUGUGAAUAAAAAUUGAUAUAUAUUUUCUAUAUGAUAAAAUAUGUCGGGUACACAACGUAUGAGAAAAUCAUCACCAUGCUCAACAACAAAACAAGGGCCAAUGCGUGCUACCCUGCCGGUUAGUUCAUUACUUAGACAAAGUAGACAGGGUAGUAAUUUAAGAAAAAGUAAUAAUAACAGUCCAACUGUAUCACCAACAAAUGUAAAUACAUGGAAAGCACGCAUAUCACCAGAUACAUCAGCAUCAUCUGGUCAACGAAGUCCUGGCUCAUUAUCAUAUAAAGCUAAAUCAAAAACACUAAGUGGACGUGGUAGUGAUGGAUUAAAUGGUAAUCAAAAUAUUCGUCGUACAGCAUCACUUGAUACAAUUUAUUUAAAAGGACAAUGGCCUCGUGAAUCUUAUUAUAUUCAUACAAGUUUAUUUGUUGAUAAAUCAACACAAACUGAAGAAUGGCCAACAAGUACAACUAGCACUAUUACUACAACAACAACAACAACUUCUACAACAAGUAGUAGUUGUAGUAAUAGUAGUAAUAAUAAUGAAACAAGAAAAGUUAUAAAUCGACAUACAACUGGUAAUGAUAUACAAACUGUUAAUACAGAAGAAAAAUUACCAAUGGAAAAAUACAUAAGACAUAGAUUACAACGGACAAAUAAAGAAAGUACAAGUAGUAGAGAAAGAACAACAGCAUUUGGUUUAAUAUUACCAAGUGGUCCAGCUUUACCUGGUGAUCAUACUGUACUAUUGCCUAGUAUUGCAUCACAAACAUCAAUGCAAAAUCAAUUUAGUUUGAGUAUUAAAGCAAGCCCAAUGAAUAUACCAGUUAAACCAAUGAGACCACCAAUGCGUUCAUCAAUUGAAGGUCUUAAUCAAGAAAUUGAAGGACUCGUACUAAAAUCAUCAUCAAAUACAAAUGAUCUUGAUCAUUCAAUUGAGGACAAGUAUGCAAAAUAUCGUGAACAAAUGACACCAGAAGGUCACAGAGCACCUUUGGCUGAUCUUUUGAGGGCAACACGUAGUGUUAAUACUCAAACACCAGCCACUGAGCUUCCGUCCAGUUCAUACUCUUCAGGGCCACCAUCUAGGAAUUCUGAAUCACCACUUAUUCAAAGUCUCAUGGAUACUUCUCGUCCAUCCAGUGAUUUGCCACAAGGAGGCAGUCGUGGAUCAACCCCAGAUCAAGAGAGUCGUUUAGGUACAUCACCACACAUCAAUAAGUUUUUAGCAAGAGAACCACCAGAUGGUUGUGAAAAAGUUAAUCUUAAAUUCGUCGAAGAUCCCAGCAGACGACCAAUGAUAGAUUUGAGCAAAUUGGAUUAUUGUCCAAAGCCUUGUGUAGCAUUUCAGCUUAAACCAAGUCUUGGAUCAGCAUUUUUGCCUUUACAACAAAGUCCAACGAGUCCAACACUUGUAACUGCUGGUGUAUCUCAUACAACACCAACAACACCACCCCCUAAUCCAUAGUCUUAUGACUUUGGAAUUAUUACUUCACUCAUUAAUUAUCUUCUCUGAACACGCAAACGACAAAAAUAUUGAUAGUAAAAACAAUUUUUUUUUUUUGUUUAUACUACUAUCAACAUAAUUUGCUAUCCCAGUAUAAGAAGAAUAAAAAUAUAUAUAUAUUUAAAUAUAUAUAUAUUUAAUUUUUUUAAAAAUGGCACGUAAGUCAAAACAAUCAAUUGAGGGAUUUAAUUUCCCUUCUCUAUUAAUUAAACGUACUCGAUUACAGUAUUGUCGAAUGACGAAAAAAAAUAAGAAAAAAAAAAAAAAAAAAUGAGAUAAGAUAUGCAGAAAAUAAGAAAAAAAAAUAAAUAAUAAUUAAAUUAUAUUUAAAACGACAAAAUACAAGGAACAAUAAUUUGUGAUAAAUGGAAACUUGGGUUUAGAAAUAAACAUUGUGUUCUGCGGGAAUGAUAAGACUAGACGGAGAGAUAAGAAAAAAAAGGACAUGGAAAAUUAAAAAGAAUCUUUUUUUUUUGCUAAAAACAACUAACUCUUUAAUUUUGUAUACAAAAAUUUACUUAGAAUGCAAAAAAAAGAAACAAAUUAAAUAUUCAAAAUAAUGAUGUGAAUAAAUUUUUAGUAUAUAUUGCAAUUUAAAAUGUUUGCGAGAGGAGAAACGAAAAUUGUGAGAUGAAAAAAUGACAAGAUUUAAAAAAAAAAAAAAAAAUAUAUAUCUUUUUAAAAAAAAAAAACAAAAAAAAAAACAAAUAAAUAAAUAAAAAAAGAUAAGUACGCUUAGGUAUGUACAUAGGUGAACUCACUGGUUACAUCCUCUUUUGAGCCUUCUAUCAUAUGUUUUAACUAACAGCCUUAUCAGAAAAAAAAAAAAAAAAACAAAUUAUUAUUUUAAGUUUUUUCAUUUCUUUUUAAAAAUAAUUUGUAUUAUUAAUUUAUAAUUUAAUAUUCAAGAUCUGUUACUAUUUUCACUGUAGUCUUGUUAUUAAAAACAAAAAAAAGAAAAAAAAAAAAAAGUUUUUUAUUUUUCAAAAUUUACGAAAAUUUAAAUAAUUAUUAUUUAUAUCUUUAUUCAUUGUAAAACGAGAGUAUGACAUAUUUAAAAAAAAAAAAACAAAUUCAAUAUUACAAAAACUGUUACAUAUCAUUUUCGUGACAGUUUUUGGUAUUGUUAUUAUAUUUAGUUAAGUAAAAAAAAAAAUAUAAUUAAAUACUAACAAUGUCCAAUUCAUUUAUAUUAUUUAUAACAGAUUUUUUAAUAAAAUUUUAAAAAAACAUGCAAUGACAGGUCGGCUUGAGGGGAUGAACCCAAUUAUUAAUUUCAAUGAAAAAAAAUAAACGAGUAAAUAACUUAAAAACAAAUGUAAAAUUACCAGACAAUAUUUAGUAUUGAUUAAAGUAUGUUGGACCAGUUGUCAGGAUUGUAAAAAUAUAUAAUUUUAAUUAUUUAAAAAAAAUUGUGAUGACACACAAUUAAAUUUUUGGCCAUUAUUUUCAAGUUGUUUAAUCAAAAAAAAUAUAAAAAUUAUAAAUAAUAUGACUUGUUAAAAUAAAUAUAAAACACAUCUAGUGUGUUUUGAAGAAGAAAAAAAAUAAUAAUAAGCUCAUCAAGUCAUUGUUUCAUUGUUAAAUAAAAAAAAAAAAUAAAUUAAAUUUGAUAUCCAAAUAUGAUAUGAGUACCUGGCACACUGGUCUACGCUCUAUAUUGCUUUAUUUACGCUCAAUUGAAUUCAUUUUUAUCAGAUUAUCAUUAUAGAGCGUGACUAUAUAAAAAAAAAAAAAAACUAAUAUUAAAUUGUGCAUAGAAUUAAUUUUGCAAUUUUCUUUUUAUUUUAAAUCAAUAUAUUGUUAUGCAUAUAAUAAUUUUAUUUAUUAUUUUAGUUAUCAUAAUUUCUUGGAACAAGUGUAACGUUAAGAUUGUUGUGUCCAGUGUGUGAAUUACUAUUUUUUUUUUUUUUUUACAGGUAGAAAUAAAUAAAAGGAUAUCUUUAAUCAGUAUGAAAAUUAAAAUAUAUAUAAAUAAAAUUAAAUAAAAACAGAUAAUAAUUUUAUAAUAAAAUUUUACUUUUUAAUUAAACACUUAGCUGUAAUGGACACACAAUAGUCUAGACUAUUUAUUUUGAAUAAUUAUGAUAACAUUAGCAAUAAAUAAAAAAGAGAAAAAAAAAAAAAAAAUA